AGGAAGAUCAGUUCGGUUAGUUACCCCCCAGGCCGCCAUCAUGAAGAGUCUUGCUGUUGUCAUCCUGGCCUUCGGUGCCGCAACGGUGACUGCCAAGGCCGGAGGGAAGUUCGUGCCAGAGGUGGUGAGGUUCCUGGAGCGGGCGCCGCAGUUACCGCCCCAGCGCAUCGUGGGGGGUGAGGUAGCAACACAAGGGCAGUUCCCGGCUAUGGUAUCCCUUCAGCACCGCAGUCUUUUCGGAAGCUCUCACACUUGUGGCGGAACCAUUAUCAAUGACAACCACGUCCUCACAGCUGCCCAUUGCGUCAAGGGGUACUCCGACACCUCUUUUGACAUCGUGGCUGGAGAGCAAAACCUCGACCACAAUUCGGGUUUGGAGGAGACCAAGCGGAGCCAGAAGGUCUUCAUGCACGACUUCUCGACGACCACAGGAGUCAACGAUAUCGCCAUUAUCAGGACGUCUCAUAAUUUCGUCUUCGUGCACGACUUGGUCUCCACAGUUGCCCUUCCCGCGGACUACCAGGAAGCUUCAAACGGCACUAUUUGCACCGCCGUGGGCUGGGGCUACACGAUGGAGGGCGGAGACGUGAGCAGCGACCUGCGCUACGUGGACCUUCCCUACCUGACGGACGAGGAGUGCCGGGAUAUCUACGGGGAGGACGCCGUCAUGAUUGACAUGAUGUGCGCUGGCUUCCUCGGCGGCCAAGGAGUCUGCAACGGCGACUCAGGCGGACCCCUCUUCUGCGACGGUGUCCAGCAGGGCAUCGUGUCCUGGGGUUCCGGCUGCGACGCCUACCCCGCUGUCUACACGCAGGUCUCGCACUUCCUUGACUGGAUCAAGAUCAACAUGGAAGCUUAAGUCGCUUACAAAACUUGCCCAUUCUCGCUGAUUUCUAGCGAAUUUAUUUCAUUCCUUUUUUUCUUCUCCUUCUUCUUCUUUUUCUACUCCUGUUUUUGUU